UUAGCAUAUUAGGAAUCGAAGCCAAAGGAGAAGACUCGAAUGCAGGCUUGUUUACGUCAGUCAGCUGAUCGGGGAAAGAGGUGGAGCCGCAAGUGUCAAUCUCCAUCCUAUUUCUCGUGUUUGAUUUCUUUGUGUAAGCAAUAACAAUGGAGGCUUCAACAUCUUCUUCCCAAGACUCGAAAGAGGAAAGUAAGAAGAAAGAGGAAGAGGCAGAGGAAGGAGAAGACUCAGAGGAGGAUUCAGAAGAGGAAGAGGAAGAUGAACCCAAGUUAAAGUACGAAAGGAUAUCCGGAGAUCUGCGCGAGAUAUUAAAGAGAGAUGGAGCUUCCUGCAUUAAGGCUAAUUCUAAGCUAAUGAUUAUUGGAACGAACUGGGGCCGCAUUCAUGUGUUAGAUCACCAGGGCAACAAAGUAAAGGAAUUCAACCCACACAGCAACCCUGUGACUAUGUUGGACAUGGAUGACAACGGGGACUAUGUUGCCUCCUGCUCACACGACAGGAAGGUUGUAAUUCAGGGUCUUUACACCAUGGAGAAUUCCCACAACCUAACAAUGGACUCUCCAGUGCGCAGUGUAGCACUUGAUCCCUUUUACCACAAACCUCGCUCUGGCAGACGCUUUGUUGUUGGGACAACAAAGGUCGUGCUUUAUGAGAAGGCAAUGUUUGGACAACUGCGCUCAACUGUGCUGAGUGAGGGGAGUGGCCCAGCGAGAGCUAUGAAGUGGAUGGGACAGUUCCUCGCUUGGGCAACAGAUUCUGGUGUCAGAGUGAUGGACAUGAACACCAAAACUGUCAUUACACUCAUCAAGCGGGAUCAUAGCCUAGCUCUACCAUGUGACCAGUACCCACCUCACUUGUGCUGGCCAGACAGUAAGACUCUGAUAGUUGGCUGGGGAGACUCUGUCAAGGUGUGUCGGGUAAGGGAGCGGUCUGCAAAUCCAGCUACACUUACACCUGGAAUGAUGGAUCUUCCCCCAUACUACCUGGAAAUCGUCUACAUGUUCACUACUGACUUCUACGUAUGUGGAGUUGGUCCUCUUGAUGAACACUUGGUAGUUUUGGCCUACAACAAGCAGACUGACCUGUCCUUGGCUAGCCUUGGGGUGGACUCACGAAGGCCACAGAUGCGAGUGCUGGAACCCCUUCAGAGGACCUUCGAGGAGAUUUCGAAAGAUGUUCUUGGUAUUAGGUGCUAUCAGGAAUACAAACCAGCAAACUACCAUCUUGAAUGCUUAAUUGAGGAUCGGCAGUUCUACAUCGUGUGUCCACAGGAUGUAGUAGUUGCAAAACCCAGAAGUUCUGAUGAUCGUAUUGAGUGGCUUUUAGAGCAUGAUAAACACAAGGAAGCUUUAGAGCUUGUAGAGACCUGCCGAGAUGUGCAAAAUUACACAGUUCUCAGUGUGGGUCGUAUUUAUUUGGAUCACCUGAUGGCCAAUGGUCUAUAUCAAGAUGCUGCCAAGCUAUGCACUCAGAUACUUGGCUCAGACAAAGUGCUAUGGGAGGAAGCUGUGGUGCGCUUUAAUCGAGUCCGUCAGUUGCGAGUUUUGAGUCCUCACCUUCCCUUGGGCGAAGGCAUCCGCUUGGAUCCAGCUGUAUACCAGACUGUGCUCCUUGAUCUUCUGAAUACAGACCAUCCUGGUUUUCUUCAAGUGGUCCAAGACUGGCCAGGUCACCUCUACAAUGUGUCAUUUGUUAUCAAUGCUGUACUAGAGACUCUUGCUCGAAACACAAACAACAUGGUCUUACUCCAGGCGCUUGCCCACCUUUACUCCAAUAUUGAUAAACAUGACAAGGCUCUAGCAAUAUAUUUAAAGCUGAAACACAAAGAUGUUUUUUAUUUAAUAAGUCGUCACAAUCUCUACGCUUGUGUGGCCAAGCAUGUGGUGGAGCUUAUGACACUUGACUCUGCUGCAACUUUGGACAUUUGUUGCCAACAUAUCCACAUUAUCCCUCCAGACAGUGUUGUGACUUCACUGACUGCACACCCAAAUUAUUUGUAUAAGUACUUGGACACGUUAUAUGAACGACGACGUGACAUGAGUGCUAAAUACCACAGCCAGCUAGUGGCACUAUAUGCUGACCAGGAUCGCAGCAAGUUGCUGCCCCUGUUGCUGACUUCUUCUUCAUAUGAUCUCAGUGAGGCUCUAGAGGUGUGCAGGAUGCGUUGCCUCACCACAGAAACAAUACACCUCCUUGAUCGAAUGGGCAACAGUAUUGAGUCUCUACAAUUGAUUCUGGAAGAAGAGCAAGAUAUACUGUGGGCCAUUCGCCUCUGUAAAGAACAUGACGAUGCUGAUCUGUGGAACCGUCUAAUUGAGUAUGCUCUUGAUAAGCCAGAAUACAUCAGAGAAUUACUAAAUAACAUUGGCACUCACAUUGACCCUCUCAUGAUCAUCCAACGAAUACCACGAGGUCUGGAAAUUCCUGGUCUGAGAGAUGCCCUUGUCAAAAUUCUUCAUGAUUAUCAUCUCCAGAUUUCACUAAGGACAGGUUGCCAGAGGAUACUUGUUGCUGACUGUAGCAAUCUUCUGAAUAAGCUUGUGUCAACACAAAAUGCUGCUCUUCCUGUUUAUGGUGAUACAAUGUGCCCAGCUUGCAACAAGAAAGUUUUGCCAACCAGUCGAGAGGAACAAGGAAGCAUUGUGGUAUUUGCCUGUCGUCACGCAUACCAUCAGCUCUGCCUUCCUGAUGGCACAGAACAGGAAGUGUGUUUAUUGUGUAGGAAAGAUAAGAAGAGAAGUUUCCUCUUGUCUUGAACAAGACAGAUUUCUUCGUUUUAUUGUAAGCGGUUGGUCUGCAGUAUCAGAAGGAAAGCUAACAAGAUUUGAAAAUGUUUACUUCAAAUUUGUGCGAGGCUCAUAAGAAAUUAUUAAUUAUGUAUAUAGAGAUGUAAUUUUUAUAACAAAUUAUAGCCAGAAUUGAUAUGUAAAUAAUAAAGUUAGAAUGUAAGUUGACACGAGAUGCACAUGUAUGCAUGCUCUGCUGGUGUCGCUACUUCAUAUUAUGCAUAAUAAUGAAAGAAUGAUUUCUACUUUUUUCAAAAAAAAAAAAACAAAAACACUUUCCCAUAAUAUGGCUUGUUCGUAUAUGGUAACAUUGAUGAAAAAUAAUAUAAUAAGAGUCAACAUUGGAAAUGGUGUGUGUAUUAUUAGCAAGUAUAAAAUGAAAUAUAUAGUCCAUAAUUAUUUUACAAUGUUAUCAUAGGAUCUCUCUUCUAGAUAUGAAGAACAUUUCGCAUAUUUCCAUAAAAAAAAGUUACAUUUGUUUGUACUCUCUCUCUCUCUCUCUCUCUCUCUCUCUCUCUCUCUCUCUCUCUCUCUCUCUCUCUCUCUCUCUCUCUCUCUCUCUCUCUCUCUCUCUCUCUCUCUCUCUCUCUCUCUCUCUCUCUCUCUCUUUUUUUUUUUUUAAUAAUCAAUCAUGAUUUACCUAAGAGAUUAACUACUUGUUACAGAAUCUGAAUAGUUCCAUUCCUGUAGCUCUGCAGCAUAUUUCCCUCCCGUGAUUUUACAGGAUGGACAAUAACUCCUACACACGCUUUACCGAAUGGUCAGUCCAUAUUCGCCCCCCCCCCCCCCCCCAUCCUCCGUCUUCGUUUUGGAAAGGUGGAUCAUUACAGCUGGGUUGGAGUUAUAACAUUGUUUAAGAAUAUUAAAAUAUAUGAAAACGUAUUUUCACGUGUGUUUGGUGGCGUACAGAACAUCAUUUAAUAAGUGAGUAGGGGGCCAGCUAGGCUCUAAUUUUGGUUACAUUACAGUUACCCUCCACUUGGCUUGGCAUAUCUAGCUAAACUUCGAAAUUUCGGGAAAGGACUGGCCCGCAUUGUAAAAACCGGAGAGGAAAAAGCCGGUCAGCGUGUCAACGCGGAAGGGGAAGGAGGCGUAGGAGGGGUGGCUACUUAUUGUAUUAGUAUUGUUUAUAUUAAACAAAACGACCAUUUAUAUACCACAGCCUACAUGACAUGUGAAGUGGAUAUGUUGUAGUUAUCAAUAAAAUUACAAAGUCGGCAA